CAGCAGCCGCCGCCGCCGCCCUCCCCGCCGCCAUCCCGCCCGCCCGCCCCGGCGCGUUUCCCUUUCCCCCCCCCUACCUCCCUCCCCUCCUUCCCCGCCCUCCCUUCCUCCCGCUCCGCCCGGAGCGCCCUUCUCCCCGCCGCCGUUACCGGCGCCGCUCCAGCUCCACUCACCCAGUGACCAAAGAUCUGAGCACUGACGCAGCCUGACUCAACUCAACGCAGCUCAAGAUGGACACCGGUGUCAUUGAAGGUGGUUUAAAUGUCACACUCACCAUCCGACUACUUAUGCAUGGAAAGGAGGUGGGAAGCAUCAUUGGGAAGAAAGGGGAGUCCGUGAAGAAGAUGCGCGAGGAGAGUGGUGCUCGCAUUAACAUCUCAGAAGGGAACUGCCCCGAACGGAUUAUCACCCUUGCUGGACCUACCAAUGCCAUCUUCAAAGCUUUUGCGAUGAUCAUUGACAAACUGGAAGAGGACAUCAGCAGCUCCAUGACCAACAGUACAGCUGCCAGCCGGCCCCCGGUCACCCUCCGGCUCGUGGUACCCGCCAGCCAGUGCGGUUCCCUCAUUGGAAAAGGAGGCUGCAAGAUCAAAGAGAUAAGAGAGAGCACAGGGGCACAGGUCCAGGUGGCAGGAGACAUGCUGCCCAACUCGACCGAGCGAGCCAUCACCAUUGCUGGGAUCCCACAGUCCAUCAUCGAGUGCGUCAAACAGAUCUGCGUCGUCAUGCUUGAGUCUCCCCCGAAGGGCGUCACCAUCCCGUACCGACCCAAGCCAUCCAGCUCUCCCGUCAUCUUUGCAGGCGGUCAGGACAGGUACAGCAGCGGCAGUGCGAGCUACCCCCACACCGCCCCAUCCAUGUGCCUCAACUCUGACUUGGAGGGACCACCUCAGGAGGCCACCCGGCAGCCACUGCAUGGCAACGAACUUGGGCCAAUUCCAGCCUGGGCUGCAGUUCUUCCGGCCUAUACCAUUCAAGGACAGUAUGCCAUUCCACAGCCAGAUCUGACCAAGCUGCACCAGUUGGCAAUGCAACAGUCACACUUUCCAAUGUCUCAUGGCAACACUGGAUUCAGUGGCAUUGAAUCCAGCUCUCCAGAGGUGAAAGGCUAUUGGGCAGGUUUGGAUGCCUCCGCUCAAACCACCUCUCAUGAACUCACCAUUCCAAAUGAUCUGAUUGGCUGCAUCAUCGGGCGUCAGGGCGCCAAAAUCAAUGAGAUCCGCCAGAUGUCUGGGGCGCAGAUCAAAAUUGCCAAUCCAGUGGAAGGAUCUACUGACAGGCAGGUUACCAUAACUGGAUCUGCAGCGAGCAUUAGCUUGGCCCAGUAUCUAAUUAAUGUCAGGCUCUCCUCGGAGACCGGGGGCAUGGGAAGCAGCUAGGGGCCCCGACGCGGACCCUCGGCCUCACCUCACCAUCCAUCUGUGUAGUCCCUUAGCAGCCAGCCCCAGAUUUUAACUAGUUUGUAAAUUUUUCGGUUCCUCCAUGCUCUCCGCGGCCACUCAUGAGGUUUAUUUUUUGUUUUGGUUUUUUUUUGUUUUGUUUUGGGUUUUUUUUUUUUUGAAUUACAGCAUUUUAAUUCCUUUCUCUGUUCAGCUGUUAAAAUGCUGAGCCCCAGAUCUUAGUUUUAUAAAGCUUCUCUCUCUCCUCCCUGCCCCACCCCUCACCUCCACCCCCCCUUUUUUUCGGCUCAUGAAGUUUCUGUUUUGUCAUGAAAUGUAAGAGUGGAAGAGAAACAUUUCAGUUUAGUUCUGUAACGUCAGGAAAUUUUUCAAAAAAAAAAAGUUAAUAAAAAGAUGGACUGGAGCUUUUCCUUGUGAAUAGAAACUGGAGGAUAUUUUGGUUAAUGGA